UCUCCUGAUAGGAGCAGCUGGCUUAAGCUCUUGUAUGUUGGUCGCGGCCAUUACCGGUGAGGCGGCGGCGCCGGAGAUGGAGGCGGUGGCGGGACCUGGGGAACGCUGGGCGCCGGUAGGCGCAGUGGCCGAGGCCCAAGCGGGGAAGGAAGACGCUGGAGGAGAGGAGCUUGAAGCUGAGCCGGCGUCCCCGCGGUCGCUGAGAGAGGAGCGACGUCGCCUCCAUUCGGCGCUCCUGGCUUUGGCCUCGCACUUCGCCCAGGUCCAGUUCCGGCUCCGGCAGGUGGCACGCGCCGGCCCGGCCCAACAGCAGCGUCUCCUCCGCGAGCUGGAGGAGUUCGCUUUCCGCGGCUGCCCCGGUUCUGGCCUUGGCUUUGCGGCGGCGGUGGAAGGACUUGGGGUCAGUGGAUUCAGAAUGGAUGUGUUCUCCUCCUUUCAGAGUGAACAUGAGAAGCAGGAGCAGCUGGAGGCACAAAAGGAGAAACAACGGGAACUCAUCCUGCAGCUCAAGGCACAGCUGGAUGACCUUGAAACUCUUGCUUACCAGGAAGGAAGCUAUGAUACACUUCCUCAGUCCAUGGUCGUGGAAAGACAGCGGGUGGUUAUUGAGGAGUUGAUCAAGAAACUGGACAUCAACUUGAGUGAGGACAUCGCUUUGCUGUCCCCAGAGGAAUUGCGUCAGCAGGUGGAUGCAGCUGUGGCACAGAUUGUCAACCCAGCACGUGUGAAAGAACAGCUGGUUGAACAGUUGAAAACCCAGAUCCGGGACCUUGAGAUGUUUAUCAAUUUCAUUCAAGAAGUCAGCAGCCCCAGCAACCCAGAGGAUGGGCAUUGUGAAUGUUCAGGUGGAAAAGCUGGAAGUAGUGCCUGCAAGCCAAAUACCCGACAACCCCAUAGAAGCAACAGAGUGAACCCUGAAGAUGCCACAAGGAUACGGGAGACAGGCCUACAUCUCAUGCGCCGAAUGCUUGCUGUACUGCAGAUUUUUGCUGUGAGCCAGUUUGGCUGUGCAACUGGGCAAAUCCCACACCAUUUGUGGCAGAAGGACCAGUCUGACAGGGACUUCUCACCACUAGUGAAAAAAUUAGAGUUGGCUGUGGACCAUGUCAGGCAGCUGGCCCAGAAGUACCAGUUGCAAGAGCUGGAACAUGUCAUCAGCUACUCAGGUUUCCAGGAUACCUCCUUAGGAGGACGGGGUGAAUUAACUAUGGCUGUGCGUAAGGAACUGACAACUGCAGUACGGGACCUGCUGGCCCAUGGUCUUUACAGCCCAUCCCCUGGGAUGAGCUUGGUUCUAGCUCCCAUUGCCUGCCUGCUGCCUGUGUUGAGCUCCUCUCCUCAGCCCAUGCACCCAUGGGAGCUCUUUGUGAAGUAUUACAAUUCCAAAAACGGCCGUGCCUUUGUAGAAUCACCAGCUCGUAAGCUCUCUCAGUCUUUUGCCCUCCCAGUGAUGGGUGGAGUGCCUGCCACUCCAAAGCAAAGCCUACUAUCAGCUGUCCACACAGUCCUGUCAGAGCAUGACCCAUUCAAGCGUAGUGCGGACUCAGAACUCAAGGCUCUGGUAUGCCUGGCACUCAAUGAACAGCGCCUGGUCUCCUGGCUCAACCUCCUCUGCAAGUCAGGAGCACUGAUCCAAGCCCACUACCAGCCCUGGAGUUACAUGGCCCAGACAGGUUUUGAGGGAGCCCUCAAUCUUCUUAGCCGCCUCAGUAACCUACGAUUCAACCUCCCUGUGGACCUGGCUGUGCGGCAGCUGAAGAAUAUCAAGGAUGCCUUUUGAGUGGCUGGGGAAAGUGGACUCCUGUUUGAAUCCUUUUGAGUGGAGGAAGUGCUUGUUGCUUCCUCCAGGAAGUCACUUGGGAAAAAUGCAGCUAGAUGGUGGUGGUCUUCUAUUGCUGAGCUGCAGCUGGCUGCCUCUAUUGCAUGCACUACAUGGAGCUCCUGCAGGUGGACAGGUUCUCUUUGUGGAAGAUACCUUUGCAUAUAGUUGUCGGCCACUAGGGAUAGCUUACUUCCCUUGUAGUGGAAUCAGUAGGCAGACUUUAUAGCAGGGUAGGAGGACAUACCUCCUGCUGAAGAGAAGUUUUAAGGGGCUGUUAGGAAGUAGUGAGGUUGAAAUCAGAACAAUAUAUAAGCAACAUAUUGUUCUCACAGAAGGCUCCUCUCUCUCAGUAUAUGUUAGCUUAUACUAGUUCAUAUCAAAAUGCUCUGACUCAGUUCCCAUAUUUGAGAAAGGGCUUUCCCCUGUGCUGAUUGUCUUAAAGCUAUUUGAUCCUCACACUGCAGGACCAGUUACUUGCAAGGAGUUUUCCCCUGCCAAGUUCUUAAAUGCUGGAAUAGGAUCCUGUAUGUGCUAAUGUGUCGGCAAAUGACCACAGCCUAUGCCCAGUAAUCAAGCCUGACUUGCUGGAAAUGUAGCGUGAUGGACAAAUGGAAUCUGUAGCUAUUCCAACAAAACAUGGGGAGAGAAUUCCCUCUUAAACAUUUAGUUGUUGAAAAAAGUGACUUCUUUGGAGGGUGGAGUUAGUGGAAUGUCCUUGAGUAUGCUUUGGUCAAAAAUCAAAAUGAAGUUUCUGUCACAGGAACUGCCAUUAAACUUGCCUGUUUGAAUAGCAGUUGCCAGAACUCUCUUUCUUGAAGCAUCGAGCAGUUUGGCCCUGGUUGGGUGCUUUUGAUCUGGCAUACAAAGUAAUUUCUCAGACUCAAUUUUGCACAAGCUGUUAUUUUGGAAAUUAGAACUACAUGAUUCUGAACCUGUUGAUUCUCAGGCCACUGCUGUGGCCAUUAGCAAGGCUUGGUUGAAAUACUCUUCCUCUGAGCUUUUCAAUAUUUUUCCAGUGGGGCAGUAUGGAUGUGAAAGAUGUGUUUGAAGACUGUGAGACCAAGGGAGGCAUUUCAACUUGUGGUUCACAUGUUCCUUUGUAUGUGGGGAAGUGUCCUCCUGACAGUCUCCAAAAGGAUAGGGCAUACAGAGUCUCUGGAAGAUUCUGGAUCCAGAUACACAGCAUCUGUCCCUACACAGGGUCUUUUAAACAUCCUGCACCGAUGAGAUCUGAGCAUGAAGGCAAACUGUGCUGUCUUCAAAGUCAGGUCUCACAACACCCUCAGCAAAGAAGACCGAAUGGCAAGCAGAUUUAUUUUUAUGCUAAAUAAAGUCUGUAUAACUGCAAAUGAGUUGGCUUUUCUGUAUAUAUAUAUAUAUAUAUAUAUAUAUAUAUAUAUAGUCCUGCUGAAAGCUCUCUGUUAAAUGUCAGUGCUCUUACUUCUACCCCUUGUUGAUUUAUGUGUUGAUGCACUUAAAGAAACUGUCUUUAUCUAUUGGGUAUCUUUAGUUAAGUGUGUUUGUUUUGUUUGGAUUCCAAGUCAGUGCAAGAGAAGAAAUGUAUUGAUAGAGAAUUGUGUCUAUUGCUGGUAAUAAAUUUCAGUCCAUUUGUUUUCUA